UUAUAACACUAUUCAGGCAAGAAAUAUUAAGCAGAUGAACUAUCUCACUGAGAAAACUAAAUCUUCAGAGGCUUCAAAGUCAGGAUUCCUGUCUUCAAACCCGACGAACCUUAGAGAGCUUGAGUCAAAGCUUAAGAGUGGAGUUUACUUUGAUGGGCAUCCUUUUGUCGAUUAUGAAAACAAGCAAGCAAACUGGGACAAUUUCUCCAAAGGGAUUUUAUCCUCCUCUACCAAUAAAAUCUGGGAAUAUGUGAACUAUCGCAAAAAUGAACUAGACCAACAGGAUUUGCUGAAACGAAAAUAAGGAACAAGACAAGAAAGAGAAUAAGAAAAAUAAUCAGUAUAAGGAGAAAUUGUUAGGCUUUCAAGAGAAAAGCAGGAUUCUCAAUACUAGGCCAUCUUUCCUACACGUUGAUGUGAAUCCUGAUGUGGUUCAUAAGAUGCAUCAGAAUACCUCUAAACUAGAGUUCUUCAAUAUCCUGCUUAGAAAAAUAGGUCCACAAAUAUUAACCAAGCGAAGGGGUUCUUACCAUCAGAUUCGGAACCCAAUGCAUUGGAACAAAGGACAAGACUGAACAUUUAUUGAGUCUUCUUCAUUUAUGAGUGAUUCCUCUUUGAAAUCCUCCAAAAUAUCCUCUUCCUCUGAAUCUUCAGAAGACGGUGACUUCGUUGAUGAUGAAGAUAUCAACAAAGUGCUGAUGAAAAGUUUUAAAUUAGUUAGAAGAAAUAGCUGUUGCUGUUCAUUUUGUGGGAAAGAGAAAAUAACUCCACUAAGAAAGCUCAAGGAAACACUGGUGCUCAAACAACAAUGGCAUAACGAAGCGAAGAAACAGGCAAAGGAAAGUGUAUAUAUGUCUAUUAAGAACAUUGAAGAGCUACAAAAUUUAAGCGUGAACCACCCCCGCAGUCGUCCUGGGUCGAGAUACCAUUCAAGAAAUUGUUCAAAAUUUACCCAUCGUAAUAACUCAAGGAAGGGAGAUAAGAGUGGUUAUCGUUAUUCAUCCGGGUAUCGCAAAAACAAUAAUUUUCCUACUGAUAACAAGCUUGGAGUCAAAUUCAGCACUGGAAUUAGCAAAUAUUCUAAAAGUAACGCUGGGGAUACCGAUCGUAUGAGUGUCAAGAUCAGUAAAAGUCAGAUGGGGAACUUUAAGAAGUCAAACUUUACGAGCCCCGAGAACAAUAUCAAGAAAAAGAGAUUUGCUGCUUUCAAAAGACAAGAUACUAUAUCCACAGGACUAAAGCUCUACAAGAAGUUUUCUUUCUCUAAACUUGAGAGGGAGAAGCAAGAAAAAUAAAUUAACAACUCCUAAAAUAGUAAAAGAUAAAUCACCAUGAUUUGGCAAGAUGAGAUUGACUUAUUCCAGACCUAGCACGGAUCAACUUGGAAAGUACAUGAAACAGUAUAAUAACCUGAAACCAAGAACCAGGAACUUAGGAAUAAUGUCUCCUAUUUCUCAGAGUUACAAGAAAAGUGUGAUUGCGUUAAGCUCUAAACUUUUGAAAUCAGCCAAGAGGAAAAAGAAGAGUAAUAGCAAAUUGUGCUCUAAAAAGGGAAGCAUUGCUUUAGAUCCUUACAGCCCUCGGAAUAUCGCUAGGAUUCCUCUUAAAACAGUGAGGACUAGUACAGCUCGACUGCUUCAUCAUCAAAGGCUGAAGAAGUUCUCCAAGAAUGUGAAGUUAUUAUCCAGCCAUCUUAAAUUAGUUGAUGCUAAAUAAUAUGAUU